AUCUGCCACUCCUGCGCAGAGGGAGGCGGCGACAGUGAGGACAACCGAGAGAGGAGGCCGAACCGGCGGGAGAGGCCGAGCGGGUCAGCUCGUAGUUCUUGCAAGAUCCGGGAUGCCCUACAAGCUGAAAAAAGAGAAGGAGCCUCCAAAAUCUACUAAAAGCACUACAAAGGCCAGCAGCAGCAGUGGAAAGGAUGGAGGUAAUGCAACAGAGAAUUCAGAAGAGAUCCAGCAGCAGCAGCAGCAGCAGCAACAGCAGCAGCAGCAGCAGACUUCAAAUAAGCGUCCCAGUAACAGUACCCCUCCACCAACCCAGCUGAAUAAGAUCAAGUACUCAGGGGGACCCCAGAUUGUAAAGAAAGAACGACGGCAAAGUUCCUCUCGUUUCAACUUAAGCAAGAACCGGGAGCUUCAGAAGCUUCCUGCCCUUAAAGAUGCUCCUCCUCAUGAACGGGAAGACCUCUUCAUACAGAAGUUACGACAGUGCUGUGUCCUCUUUGAUUUUGUUUCUGACCCACUCAGUGACUUGAAAUUCAAAGAGGUCAAACGAGCAGGACUCAAUGAAAUGGUGGAAUAUAUUACUCAUAAUCGGGAUGUUGUCACAGAAGCUAUUUAUCCUGAAGCAGUUAUCAUGUUUUCAGUGAAUCUCUUCCGGACACUUCCACCAUCAUCUAAUCCUACAGGAGCAGAAUUUGACCCUGAGGAAGAUGAACCUACACUAGAAGCUGCUUGGCCACAUCUCCAGCUGGUAUAUGAAUUCUUUCUGAGGUUCUUGGAGUCUCCAGACUUUCAACCAAACAUUGCCAAGAAAUAUAUUGACCAGAAGUUUGUAUUGUCACUGCUGGACUUAUUUGAUAGUGAAGAUCCCAGAGAACGAGACUUUCUGAAGACAAUUUUGCAUAGGAUUUAUGGGAAGUUUUUGGGACUCCGAGCAUAUAUAAGGAGGCAAAUAAACAACAUAUUUUAUAGGUUUAUUUAUGAGACAGAGCAUCACAAUGGGAUUGCAGAAUUGCUAGAGAUUUUAGGAAGUAUAAUCAAUGGAUUUGCUUUGCCCUUGAAAGAAGAGCACAAAAUGUUCCUUAUCCGGGUCUUGUUACCAUUACACAAAGUGAAAUCUUUGAGUGUCUAUCACCCUCAGUUGGCAUAUUGUGUUGUGCAGUUCUUGGAAAAAGACAGCAGUCUGACUGAACCGGUGAUAGUGGGGUUGCUAAAAUUUUGGCCGAAAACACACAGCCCCAAGGAAGUAAUGUUUCUGAAUGAGCUAGAAGAAAUAUUGGAUGUCAUUGAGCCUUCUGAGUUUGUGAAAGUUAUGGAACCUCUGUUCAGACAGUUGGCCAAAUGUGUCUCUAGUCCACACUUUCAGGUGGCAGAAAGGGCAUUGUAUUAUUGGAAUAAUGAAUAUAUCAUGAGUUUGAUCAGUGACAAUGCAGCCAAAAUUCUCCCUAUCAUGUUUCCAGCACUCUACAAAAAUUCCAAAAGUCAUUGGAACAAGACAAUCCAUGGGUUGAUCUACAAUGCGCUGAAGCUGUUUAUGGAGAUGAACCAAAAGCUAUUUGAUGAUUGCACACAACAGUACAAGGCAGAGAAGCAGAAAGGGCGGUUCAGAUUGAAGGAAAGAGAAGAGAUGUGGCACAAGAUUGAGGAGUUAGCUCGGCAGAAUCCUCAGUACCCCAUGUAUUGCGCACCCCCACCUUUGCCUCCUGUUUAUUGCAUGGAGACGGAGACCCCCACUGCAGAGGACAUACAGCUACUGAAGAAAACGAUGGAAACAGAGGCUGUACAGAUGCUGAAAGAUAUAAAGAAGGAGAAGGUUUUGCUGCGUCGGAAAUCAGAGCUUCCUCAGGAUGUCUACACCAUAAAGGCUUUGGAAGCACACAAGAGAGCAGAAGAAUUUCUCACCUCAAGCCAGGAGGCACUCUGACGGGCUAGGGAGACCCUGGAGGGUACACAGAAAUGCACUUUGUUCUAACGUAUAGCUAGGGAAUGAACAUGGUGACCUGUGCCUGUCCUCCAUCCAUUCUCAUUCUUUCAGGUUCAAUUUGAUUUUACAUUGUACCUCAUAUCCCACCACACUUUCACUUAUUCCUGCUUUAAAUCUUUUAAGGCUGUGUUUUGUGUGCACGUGUGAUGGGAGCCUAGGAACCUUUGAGAAUAUCAUUCCAUUGAAAGGAACAUUCUAAUUCCUAAAUUUGUAAAACAAACAAACAAAAAAAAAAACCUGCAGUCCCAGGACCAGAGCAUUCGGAAUUUAUCUGUUUAUCAGUCAUCCAGAGCCCUUGACUGAUCUUCUUUCCACCUAUCACACAACUGGGUGGUCUGCAUAACGGAAAUGUUAUGUUCUAUUGACUAAACAGGUCGUAUAGGCCAUUUUCUCUUGAGAAUAAUGUGAUACAUCCCUCCCAUAAGACUUAGAAUAAAUAGCUAAUCUGAUGAAGAUUGCAGCUGCGUUUGGUCAUUAUGAGUAAGGGCGAUACUGUACAUCCUCUCCUCCCUGAAAUUGUGUUUCCACGCAUAAUAAUGAAAUUGCAGCCACGCAUAAUUCCAAAUCCAGUGAUUUAGAUAAUGCUUUCAAUGAAUUUCACCUUCCAAAUAGAGGCUUGCAGUUGAUCUAUGUGCCUGGCAGCUAUUGUGCAGCUGCUGCAUGAAUGUGUUACUUGAGUCUUGCUUUCUGUCUAUCUUUGUUAGAACUGGAGGGAAAGUAGCUGUUAAGCACAUUCUCUACUAACAAUGCCAACUUUCCUUUCAGCUGUUGGGUUUUAAGCUCCGGCAAAUCUUAAAUAGACAGCUUUAUGCAUUUUGCAUACUGAAAAUCAUAGGAAAAAUUAAAUAAAGAAUGCAGGAAAUUCCAAUUUCCAUUUACCAACUGAUCUAGUCUUUCCCAAUUAAUUGCUCUCCCUGUUGCUAAAUUUCUACUCUCAAUAGUCUCUUAUCUAGUAUGGUUUUAUUUUCAGUGUUUAUGUGAUUUCCAGCUGUUCUAGCCCCAUUCGUCAGUUCAGGAAACCAAAUAUCAAGAAGUAGCAGAAAUUCACCUUAGGGAAUAUAUAAUUUGGAGCCUUCAGAUUUCUUUGAAGUAGGAGUAGCUAGAAUAUAAGAGUUGCAUUUAUUUAACAGCUUCUCAUAGUUGAAAAGCUGCUGACUUCAUUUGGAUCAUGGUAAUCACAGAAGGGGAAGCCUUCACUAUCCUUUGGUUAAAUAUCCUAUGCUCUAGCUUUAGAAAAAGUGUUUCUAAUGAGCGCCUUCCUCCCUUUAGAGUUUUAUUCAUUUAUUGCUCAUUUAGGGGGGCUCUUAUUGGGAAACACUGGAAUAUCAGAAAAUAAUUUUGAAUUGGACUGUGAGACUUUUUUCAUGUUCUUGUUUAAAUCUCCAUGUGCUGUAAUUUUGUCUUGUCUAUUUACUUACACCAUUCUGUUCCACUGUACCUUUAAUGACUUGAUUGAAGUUUAUUUGUAGCAUAUUUCAUUUCAAUAUUCACCGAAUUUACCUCUUCAGAGAUAUCUUUUAACUCUUAAAAAACUGAAAUUAAAAAAAGUGGACAUUUGCCAAUUUUCCAUACUGAUACUCAAGCCACAGGCUGGGUACCUAUAUCAUGCUAUUCUUUCUUUUAAACCAUGAACUAUUGAAUAAAUCACAGUGCCUGGGCUUACCCAUCAUGCAAGCCAAACAAAUUUCAGUCUGAUAUAUUCCUCUUUGGUAUUUUUCUCUGUGGAAUUCUUCAUUUUUCCACCAUUUUGUCCCCUUACUAACAGUCCAUCAGCAUUCCGUGAUCAUUAAGCAUGCUCAAGCUUCACUGGCCUAUUUCUGGAGUUCUCACAAGCUUUUUUCCCUCCUCCAGGACAUUAUUACUUUGGCAACCCUUAUUUUGCGCAUGAUAGUAUUUUAACUACAUGAGGACAGGCACUUAGAAUUGAAACUGACGUUAGAAUAUAUGAUGAUGCUAACCUCCACUGUCUGCUGUCAAAAUACUUUCAAUAUCUGUUGUUCAAGAUGCUCUGUCUGGCUGUAGUUUCUCAUACUAAUAAGGACGUCUUUUAAUCCUCUUGCAAGGUACCAGUUGAAGCAUAUGUGGAAGGAAGUUAAACAGGAAUUUAAAAUUGAUUUGCAAGAUGUCCCUUGGUUCAAUGAUAGAAUCAAACAAAAAUGAAGCUUCACUGAGUAGCUUGCACAUUCAGCCACUGGUUUUUCAAAGUAUGGUUUAGCUGUGGGAGGAACAAAGAAAACUUGGAGCUCCUUAACACCAACAUGUGGUUGUCUGCUUAUCUAUUCCCCAUCAAGGUUGGGCUCUGUAAAUGACAAGGACCAUAGGAAAGUAUCCUUCAUUAUCCACAUGUAUGCUACACAGCACUUCUAUACCUGUUACAGUUUUGCAUAGGUGAAGCAGGGCUGUAAGUGAGCAUCAUAUGCUGUACACUUAGAUGUAAAUAUAGGCUUUGUCUAAUCUUUCUUUGGGAUCAGGGAACUUGUGUUUGGGACCUAAUAUUAAAAUUUAGUUUGCUGCCAAUUCAUUUGAGUGUCCUAUAUAUCUAACUAUCAGAAAAGCUGUAUGUAAAGAGGUAAAAAAAAAAAUCACACUUCAAGCCAAAUGAGCACCUCAGCUAUACACAACUUCCAGUUAUGCUCUACCUUAAUCUAGCUCUACUUAAAACCCUUGCUUCUGUCCCUAUUUCAGCUUUUACCUUCCCUUACUUUUACAUGGAUAGGGAUGGAGCUGCCUCUUUUGUGUCUUAUACAGCCCUUCCCAAGAGCAGGGAGAAAAGCAACUAAAUGAUGCAUUCACUCCCUGGACACAAGUAUUAAGCUGCUUUACAAUUCAUUAUGUACAUAUGGUGUACUUUAUUUUCAGUAGAGUAUUACAUAGUAUGACAGUGUUGGAUUUUGUACAGAUGUCCCUGUAUGUACAGAACUAAAUAAAAUGAUCUCUUGAAAAGAUGA